UAAGCCACACCUGCUUUGUAUAAAUAAACUGUAGAUGCAUGUCUUGGCCCAUUGAUUCUCAGGGACACAGACAGUCUACAAUUUCACCACUGCGCUGGAGGAUACCACCAACUACAAAGAAGAAAAAUGCCACGAAAAAGUCUGAAAGCAGGUGUCCAAUCUGGAAAUACAUUCCUACAACACCUGGAAGAAACAGACAGACUGAAUAUUACCGACAAAGAAGAACUGAGAGUAAUCUAUAAUGAAUUACGAAAGACGUGUAAUGAUUUAACAAGUUUUUCUCAAGCAAUCUAUGGGCUUAAAGUUAAAGGGAAAGCUUUGGUAUAUGGUAACACAAUUGAGCUGUUCAAGAAUGCCUGGAAGAAUUCAGUGCUAGCAGAUCAGUGGGUAGUCAGUCGCAGAGGUAAGGAACCUGCUCAUGGUGACCAAAGCUAUUCCAGAGCACAGGCACGCGAAAUUAUUCAACGGCUAAAGAGUAACAGACGAGAAUUCAUCCGUGAUAAAAAUGGCAUUCAGAUUACAUCCGAGCAUGACAUCAGUGAUGGUCGUAUAAGGUUUCCUCUACCACCAAAUGAGGAAAAGAUAUUUCCUAUUUCUAUUAAGAACACGUCUAACGAGUCAGUGACGUUUGUCCAGUACAAAUGUUUACGUAGGAUGGGCUUCUUUUCUUUCCAUGAUGAGUGCAGUGUGUCUGCUUCUAAAACUUUACUGAUGAGUCCAGGAGCUGAGUAUGACAUUGAGGUUCGCGCCUUAACUGCUUUCUAUGGAUAUUUUCCUGUAACCCUUGUGUUUGAAUUCCUGAAAGGAAAUGGUGAAACUGAAGAAGGUUUUCUUAUUAUAAGGUUUAUAUCUGCUGUGUCUACCAGUAAAUUAGCAGAGGAUCUGGCUCCAACUUCCAAAUAUGUUCCUUAUCAAAGAAACCUUCUUGAGGAAGUACCGAGGAUAGAGGUGGAUGGCAUACCACCAAAUGGGUCUUCAAGUUAUGAUUUGGAAAGGGAAGUUCCUCUUGGUUACUUCCCUGCACCAUUACAUCUGAAGGACAGCAUAAGUAAUGGAAUGUUCUCAAAAGAUAAAAUGAAAACGAAUCCCACAGCACAAAGCAACCUCCUGACAUCGAUCCUAGACUUCAACAGGUAUAAUGAGAAGUUCCAUAUGCUACUGCACCUGGAGGAGAAACAAAUGGAGAUUGACAUCAGAAAAUAUGACCAGCAAAAACAGAAAAUGGAAGUCCAUCCAACCAACAAACAGCUCCUAAUUCUUGAAGUCCCUGGUGUAGCUGAAAAUAGACCUUCAGUAUUAAAGGGAGACCACCUUUUUGUGAGUUUGUCUGAAGAGUCAAAGGCACCUGAAAAAGUUUCUUAUAAAGGUUAUGUGCAUGGUGUUGAAUUAGAAAGAGUCAGACUUGGAUUUUCUCAUCAACUUUUGAACAAAUUUAUAAGUGGGAUGCUCUUUGAUGUUACAUUUACCUUCAACCGGUUUCCACUGAUUAUUCAGCACAGAGCCGUUGACCUUGCAAAAGAGAAAAUGUUGAAAGAUGCCCUGUUCCCCACAUAUUCAAACAAGAAAUGCAUUGUUAACAUAGGGAGGCUAAGUCUGUACGACCGGAAUCUUGAAUCUAAUCCAGAGCAAUACAUGGCUGUUGAACAGAUUGUAAGUGGCAAAUCCAGACCAGCACCCUAUCUCAUAUUUGGGCCACCAGGCACUGGAAAAACUGUAACUUUAGUGGAAGCUAUCAAACAGGUGGUAAAAAACAUUCCUAAUUCCCAUGUACUAGCAUGCGCUCCUUCCAACAGCGCUUCAGACCUCCUGUGUCAGCGUCUGAUGAAGCAUAUGGACAAGAAAGACCUCUACAGGAUGUUGGCUAAAAGUAAGGACUUUCGAUCUGUGCCAGAGGAUAUUAAGCCUUGUUGUAACUGGAAUGCAAGAGAAGGAGAAUAUGAGUAUCCUAGUAAACAACAGCUGAAACAGUACAGAGUAAUCAUCACAACUCUUAUUACUGCUGGAAGACUUUCAUCUGCAAACUUCCCAUCUGGCCAUUUCACUCAUGUGUUUAUUGAUGAGUCUGGCCAUGCAGUAGAGCCAGAGAGUGUGACAGCUGUGGCAGGUAUUUUGGAUGUAACGGCGGGAGGACAGCUCGUACUUACUGGUGAUCCUAAACAGCUUGGACCAGUAUUAAGGUCCCCAAUUGCGAUUGAACAUGGAUUAAGUAUGUCUUUGCUUGAAAGACUAAUGACCCAUAAUCCUUUGUAUGGAAAAACUAGUACUGGAGCUUAUAACCCGGAGUUUGUUACCAAGCUUCUAUUGAACUACAGAUCUCACCCCGAUAUUCUUACUAUUCCAAAUGAACUGUUCUACGACAAAGAGCUACAGUCCAAAGCGGAUCAAAUGGUUACACAUGCAUACUGCAACUGGGAAAAGCUGCCAAAAAAGGGAUUUCCGAUAAUUUUCCAUGGUGUGCUGGGUAAAGAUGAACGAGAAGGAAAUAGUCCAUCCUUCUUCAAUGUGGCUGAGAUUGUGGUGCUCAUGUCGUAUGUCAAAGAUCUGCUAGAGACACAGAUGAAGAAAGGAAUAGCAAAAAUCUCUGCCAAAGACAUUGGAAUCAUUUCUCCUUACAGGAAACAGGUGGAAAAGAUUCGGAAAGCGGUAGACAAGGAACUUAAAGCUAUUCCAGAUGUUAAAGACCUCAAGAUUGGAUCUGUGGAGGAGUUUCAAGGUCAGGAACGUAAGGUAAUCCUCAUAUCCACCGUACGAAGCGCUAAGGAUUAUGUCAAGUUUGAUAAAGAAUUCAGUCUUGGCUUUCUGACAAAUCCUAAGAGGUUUAAUGUGGCUAUAACUAGAGCAAAGGCCCUCUUAAUUCUAGUAGGAAACCCAAUCAUACUUUCCGAAGAUCCUUAUUGGGCACGGUUUUUAAAAUUCUGUUCCGAGAAGGGAGGCAGCACUGGCAUCCAAAAUGAUAUCCUUGAAGAUAUUAACGAAUUGGAGUUUACAGAUCUUUUUAAACACCUUACUGUCAAUGAGCCACCAGCUGGGGAAAGAAGUGGUGAGAGUGCCGUGCAGCAGCAGGCAGAGCCAGCCUGGAGAUUUGAACACUAACCUUUCACUUGAGUGUUACUCAGAAAGUGCCUGCAGAGGACAUCCUGACCUUUACUACUAAUACAUGGUUAUGACAUUCAUCAGCAAGCUAUUAUGUCAUUGGGACUACCGAUCUUCUUGAUGCAGACAGUUUUUUCACAUUUGCUUUAAAUACUUUCAAAUAUUUUUUAUGAACCACUUUAAAAACAGCUCAGGCAGCACAGAAAAAGGGGUUUGGCUUUUAAUCCAGCUGCAGACUUUUUCACAGUUCAUGCUCACACAUUUGACAUUUUGUGAUAGAUACAUUUUUUUGUGCACAAAGGUGAAUAAGCUUAAACCUAAACAGAAAAAAAUCACACGUAGACUGUUAUCAAUUGACCUUUUACUCCCCAUAUGUCUGAAGGGUCUAUAGACCACUUUAUAAUGUAAACCAUAAAUUAGGGACCAUUUUUCUUACAGCAGAGCAGAUGGAGGUAAGAAUCCCUCCUUGUUGCCACGCUUGGCAAUAUAUAUUGCAGCACUCUUUACACUGCAUCUCUUUGCAGAGCAGUGGGACAAUUGUUUCUUCUUAUGAGCCAGCAUUUUUUUUUGGAUUAAAUAUAAAGCUGGUCCACUAAUAGAAUGCCCAUAAAAAGCAUGUACAUUCAUUUUUCCUUUAAAAUACUGCUUACAGUUUUGAUACCUUUGAUAUAACUAUAACUUGUCAUCACAUUGACAUGGAAGAGCAUAAACAAUACUUUAAAUAAGAUACGCAAGAGUCUUUUCUUAAACCUCCAAUGUAUCCUUGACGCUCUUCUCUGGAGAAUGUGGCAAAGAAAAACCUGUUUACAUGAAUCCCUCAUUGAAAUCUAUAGCUGAACAUUUUUGUGAUCUACUGUAUACCAGGGGGCCCCAAACUUUCGCAUUUACUGUUGUUUAAACUUUAGAGGGGCUGGACUGUGGCCUUUUGGAACAGAAAAGUGGCCAUCAGUGGGGACAAAACAAUUCCCCAUUGUUGGUGUCAGUGAGAGGAAUUGUGCCCCAUCGUUGGUGUUUUUGGGAGAAAUUGUGCCCCAUGUUUG